AUGGUAAAAUUCAUAACCAUCCUGGUCCCUCACUUAACAUCCCGUCUAAUUGCUCCGUUAAAACACCCCACGUGCAAGGCACGCAGGGAAAACCCAGAAAAAUUUCAACAUUCCGAUAAGAAAACCCUAAUCGUGAUAUCUUCUCCUCUAAAACGCAAUGGUGCUGUGGCGUAUACGUGCAAAUAUGGAGGAAAUCGAUGUUGGACGUCGUUACUGGGGCAUCCGACAAUCUUUUCCAUUAGGUUAUACCAUGGUGGAGAGUUCACCAAAUUUCCUGGAAGAAAGUACAUCAAAGGAAAACAAACGUAUAUAGACUUACUCGACAUGGAUACUUUCUCAGUGCAUGACAUUGAUGAAAUGAUGGAACAGUUAGGUUAUGUUGAUGAAGGUAUACCUUUGUACUAUCACUUUAAACGACCUUUUUCAGAUUUAGAUUUCGGGUUAUUUGCUUUGGGUAGUGAUCAGGAUGUGAGACAUCUGGGUACCUUCAUUUCCAAGCAUAAGUUGAUUGAAGUCUAUAUUGAGCAUGGAAAAACCCAAUUACAUACGUACACAAUGUCCCCAAAUCAAGCAAAAGUUCAAAUAAAGGAAAUUAUUGAACCUCCAUCAUGUUCUCGUAGGCUUUUCUUAGAUUGGUAUGAUACUGGGGAGACAAAUGUUGUUGGGGAUGCUUCUAAAGAGGCUAAUGUAAUGGACGUCACUGGAGAUGACAAUAUGGACAUAACUGAUAAUGGGGAUAAUAACAAGAAAGGAAAUCCAUGCGUUGAAGUUGAAAUUGGGGACAAAUUUGAGCACACGAAUGAAGUUGAAUUUAGGGAUGGUAACAAGGGUGGAGAAGAUCCAUGGUCUGAAUUUGAAAGUGGGGAGAUGUUUGAGGACAUAAACGAAGAAGAAUUUGGAAGUGGGGACAACUUUGACGAUGAUAGUGGUUAUAAAUCUAGUGAGUCCGAUGAUAUAGACUUUUAUGUUGACAAUGACAACAUCUUAGAUGAUGUAGAAGUUGACAUGAAUGAUUUCAAUGAUAACAUUGAUAUGGAUGCAGAGUGGGUUGGAGGUAUGAAUGACAAUGUGGUACAAGAAGAGAAUGAAGUUGGAGAGCUUAAUGAAGUACUAAAUAACGAGGUACUUUUGUCAGGAUCAUCUUCGGAUGAAGGUCCAGUUGGUCAACGAAAGAAGACCAUCAAAGCUAUCCAACGAGCUCAUGAGAAUGAUGAAGCAAAUGUUGCUGAACCAUUUUAUAUCCUUCAAACCUUUAAUACAGCCCAAGAGUUUAAAGAAAGAGUUAAAGUCCAUGCUAUUGAGACAAGAAGGGAACUUGGUUUUGAAAAAAAUGACAAGAAUAGGGUAAGAGUUGUGUGUAGGGGGACAAUACCAAAACUGGGAAACUUAGACAAAAGUGGGGAAGGUCAACAAGAAGUCAACAAUGAAGAUGAAGAGAAGUGCCCGUGGAGCCUCUACGCUAGUAAAUGGAAACGUGAUACAAACUGGAUGGUCAAGUCUUACAACAAAGAACAUCGUUGUCUCCAAACUCGGAAUGUUAAAGCGUGUACUUAUAAGUUUCUUGCCAAAAAGAUUACAACUCAGGUGGAAUCUAACCCAACUAUUCCAAUUCGUGCUUUACAAGAACAACUGCAACGUGAUUACCAAGUGGGACUUUCCAAGAUGAAAGUGUUUAGGGCUAGAACUGAAGCUCUCAAUCAGGUGCGAGGGGAUUAUCGAGGUCAGUAUGCUCUAUUGAGAGACUAUGUUCAAGAACUUCAAAAACAUAACCCAGACACGACUGUAAAGAUUGAUGUAGAGCGUGAACCAAAUCCAAAUUCAGAAACUAGAACUUUCAAGCGCAUAUACAUCUGUCUUGGUCCUUUAAAAAAGGGAUUUGCUGCUGGAAGAAGAGACUUUCUUGGUCUCGAUGGUGCUUUUAUGAAGGGUCCAUACCCAGGACAAAUACUUUCAGCUGUGGGAAUUGAUGGUAAUAAUGGAACAUAUCCACUGGCUUAUGCUGUUGUGGAAUCUGAGAGUACCAACUCAUGGACUUGGUUUCUAACUUGUCUAGGGGAUGAUUUGGGUUUAGGAACAAACUCAAAUUUUACGUUUAUGACAGACAGACAAAAGGGAGUGUUACCUGCUAUAACAAAGUUGUUUCCAUGCGCUGAGCAUCGUUAUUGUCUUCGUCAUAUCCAUGAAAACAUGAAAGCUAAUUGGAGGGCAAAGCAAUUCAAAGACUUGCUAUGGGAUUGUGCAAAAGCAUCUACUAUUCAACAGUUUCAACGAUCAAUGGAGGAACUUAGAAAACUUAAUAAUGAUGCGUAUGAGUGGCUUAAAAACAUUCCUCCUCAACAUUGGUCUCGUUCACACUUUACAGGUAGAGCUCAUACAGAUGCUAUGCUUAACAAUAUGUGUGAAUCUCUAAAUAGCAAGAUUGUUGAAGGUCGUGAUGUACCAAUCAUUACAUGUUUGGAGUACAUUAGAGAGUACUUAGUGAAGAAAAUUGUAACUGUGCAAAAGGAAAUUGAUAAAGCUGUAGGUCCCUUGACUCCUACAGCUACCAUAUGGGUUGAAAAACUGAAGAAAGAGGCUUCACAAUUAAGGUCUGUUUUUUGUGGGAAUGGGAAAUAUCAAGUCAGUAAAAAUCUUUUGGAACAGUUUGUGGUAGAUAUGGGCCAACAAACAUGUUCAUGUAGAAGGUGGGAACUAAUAGGGAUACCAUGUGCACAUGCAAUAGCAUGUAUGUGGGAGAUGUUGAAGAACAAAGAAAUUGAUAAGAUACCUGAACAUUGGGUCCAUCGAACGUAUUGGUUAGAAACAUGGAAGAAUAUGUAUUCUUUUACAAUUCACCCAAUCAAUGGAAGGAACAUGUGGGAGAAGUCUACAUGCCCUACAACCUUACUCCCUCCAAAACACCAUGUGCCCAUUGGAAGACCAAAGAAAAAGAGAAGGAGAUCUGCCAUGGAGGUUGAGGAUUUGGUGAAAGGUAACCAAUUGUCAAGAGCACAAAAAUCAGUGACAUGUUCUAAGUGUAACAAAAGUGGGCAUAAUGCAAGGACUUGCAAGGGACAGAAGGCUGGUGGUUCUCAAAGUUCAAGGAAUGUUGGUGGAUCACAAACUUCAAAGAUUGUUGGUGGUGCUGGUAGUGAAAAAGUGAAGGUUGGAAGUGAAAAAGUGAAGGCUGGUGGAUCACAAACUUCAAGGAAUGAUAGUGGUGCUGGAAGUGCGAAAGUGAAGGAUGGAAGUGCAAAAGUGAGGGCAAGUGUUAGCAAAAAAGGGAAAGGUGUCCCAUAAAUGUGGCUUUUAGGUGCUUAUGUAUUGUUUUGGUUGAUGUUGACAAACAUUGUCUUCUUUUGAACUAAUUUAUGUGUUGUGAUGGUUAUGUUAAUUGCUUUUGAAAAACAAUGGUGUAAUUAUAGUAUCCA